ACCCGCCCGCGGACAAAGCCUAGAGCCCGCGCCCAGAGCCAUGUCCUCGUCCGCCGGCAGCGGCCACCAGCCCAGUCAGAGCCGCGCCAUCCCUACCCGCACCGUGCCCAUUAGCGACGCCGCGCAGCUACCUCAUGACUAUUGCACCACGCCCGGGGGGACGCUCUUCUCCACCACGCCGGGAGGAACUCGAAUCAUUUAUGAUAGGAAGUUUCUUUUGGAUCGACGCAAUUCUCCCAUGGCUCAGACCCCACCCUGCCAUCUGCCCAAUAUCCCAGGAGUCACUAGCCCUGGCACCUUAAUUGAAGACUCCAAAGUAGAAGUAAACAAUUUGAACAACUUGAACAAUCAUGACAGGAAGCAUACAGUUGGGGAUGACGCUCAGUUUGAGAUGGACAUCUGACUUCCCUGUGAGGAGAAGAAAAGCAGCAACACCAAUGCCUAUGUGUACCUGAUCUGGCUGUAGGAUCAACAGUGAAGAGACAUAGAGGCAGCACCAGCAUCCCCAAUGCAUCUCCACCUCUCCCUCCUCCUCUGUGCCAAAUGAUGGGAAGAUGAGAUUCAUCUGACCAUUUCUCCUCCCUUUCCUAUCCCUGCCCAGUUAGAUUAGCUUGAAGGCCCUUGGGGUGUUUUCUUAGAACUAAGCAGUCCAUAGAGGAAAACUAACUGUGGCUUCACUGGUCAUUUCUCUAUUGAAACCACUCUCCACUUCAGAUUUAUUCCAAAUCAAGUCUCACUCUACCAGCUGGGAUUUCUGGGAUACAGAGAUUUGGCUGGUUGAUCAUUAUUUGUGUUCUUUUCUUUGUCUCUCUUCCUUGAAUCCUACUUGUUUAGUGCUCGGUUUGGGGUCUUUAGAUCCAGAAUGGGGACAUUACAAAAAGAGGGCUGCUUUCUCUUUUUGAGUUUGAGUUGUUUGUCUUUAGGGACAAUUUGUGCAACUCUGAUAGCAGUACCCCGUGACGCUGUUCUGAAGUCUACUUCCCCUCCUUCCUCUAGGAGGAGUAUCUUCUGUCUUUGGUAUUAUAAUUCAUCUUCCCAUUCCUUUAUAUAGUGCAAAUAAAUUUGUGCAGAUACUUUUAAUCUUUACCACUGAAGGGAGCCUUGGUAACCAGGUGUACUUUACCAUUCUUCUGCCAUUCCUCUCUGCUUGAAUCUUGUUGCUGGCAGAGUUCUCUGAAUUGUGAGAUCUCCACAUGAUUUUUUUCUGCUCCCAGAGCAGGUUCAUAAGAAGGAAUUGAGACACUUUGGUCUCCACAUGGUGGGUAAGGACUAAUCCUAGUAUUCUGCCAGAUAAUGCCUAAGAAUGACCUCUGAAGACUGUUGAACCAUUUCAGUACCCAGUUUUAGUAGUCAGCUGUUUUAAAAUCCAAUCAAUGUUGUGAUAUUUGUUGUCUCAGAUUUCAGUUUCUUCUAUUUUGAGUUUAAAGUUGACUUUCAGAAUGUUCUUAGAAAAGAACUACAUAUUUUUCCUGUUUGGAUCUGCUUUGUUUGGCUUCUGGGAUAAAUAAGCAUGGGCUUAAAAAUGUGUUCCUUUUUUUUUUAAACCAUUCCCAUCAUACUCUGAAUUUUCACUUCCCUUCCUUCCCUCCCUCCCUCCCUCCCUCCCUCCUUCCCUCCUUCCCUCCUUCCCUCCUUCCCUUUCCUCUACCAGGCCAUCUUUCAAAUAUACAUCAAAGAUACCUCAAGUGUUGGUAUCUGAUAAUAUCUAUCACUCCUCUUAAAUGAGGAGUGACCUUUUAUUUUUAAGAGGACUACAGACCUAUUUUUAGAUAUGUUUUCAGUACAAUUUUGAACAGCAACUUUUUAACUAAACAUCUUCCAAUGUUAGGAAGGUAAGAAAUGUCCAUAGUCUGCUGUUCCAUGUCACCAUCCUUUGUUUCCCCAGUUCCUUCUGAACUCUUUCCUUCCCCCUUAAGUUUUGGGUGUGUGUGUUUGGAAUUUGUUGUGAGUGGUUUAUAAAACUGGACCAUUCUGCCUUGCUGUGGCUUGUUCAGGAAAGCCUUGUUCUUUUCCUUACCCCUCCCCUGACUUGUUUUCACCUGUCCUUCCCCCCACCCCCUACUCUCCUGGUACUAUUGACUGGCACAGUAAUCCUAGGGUGCCUCCCUCAAAAGACUGAUCCCUCCAUCCCCUCAGAGGAAGGCAAGUAAAGUAGCCACUGGUAUCCUGGGAAUUUGUGGUUGGAUUGGGCGCCCUGAGCUCUCUUAAGAGACCAGAUCCCAGGGUGGAAGUAACGGUUCUAUUGACUAGGAAAGAAAGCUGUUUUUCUUUUGAACUAUGAAAAGACCCUACUUGUGAAGACCUUUUAGAAAGAAGAGAAGAAGUAUAUCUGCGGAACUUUGUUCUGUUUUCUGCUACAAAAAUGUGAAUAGUUCAAAGAGUAAAAAUCUUUUUUAAUGAUUGAUGUCUCAGGAAUAAGCUGGAUCUCCAGUGUUUUGGGGAUGCUUUGAGUCAAAUUGAUAAUCAGAAAAGUAUUUUUUGUUUGUUUGUUUGUUUAAUGUAUCCCUGUUCUGAUUUUAAUUAAACUCAAAAUUUCGCUUUACAUAGUCUUAGAAAAACUUAAAUUGCACUGUCAUUUACAUAAGAAGCUUGCUCAGGACCUAUUUGUACCUAGAGCUUGGUUCUUUGGGAGUGAAGCUUUUUAUUCUUCAUAUGCUGGUGGUGGCAUCCUGUGGAAUCUGACUUCAGCUGGCAGCAAGCAGGUGUCAGUGAGCAGAAGAGUAUGUUUUUCUUGAUUUUAUUGUUGCCUCUGAAAACUUGGGCUCCUCACUCGCCCACAAUAGGAAAUGGAUUUAAAACAUGACCAUUUGAAUAGUAUCAAAAUACCAUUUGCCCCUUUCUCUCCAUCUUGGGGAAUCUCAGCACAUGACCCUUAAUCAGAGGAUAUGUUUCUAGAAUUUGUUGAGCGUCUCCUGUGUCAUGCAGGAGCUGCCUAGUCCCUUGACCUUUUCCUACCAGAACCUCCUCACUGCUUGGAGUAUUUCUUUCCUGGAGGCUACCAUUACUAAACAUACUCUGAUCUCCAUAAACCAGCAUGGCAAAAAUAAUUGCACAAAACAACAGAUAAACUUCCAGUAGAUGGCAUCUUUAUGUCAUGCCUCAUAGAAUCACUUUCAGAGCAAGCCAGAAUCUAAUACGUAGUGCUCUGAGUGUUUAGAAGGAACCUCCCAGAUGAAGCCCUAAGUGAAUAUUAUUCCUGACUUUCUCUUGGGGAGAAAACACCAUAAGUUACUAUCUGAAUGAGAGUUCUUAAAAUCUUAGUAACUAUUUAUACUUUUUAUUUUAUGAGGAAACCAUGUUUCUAUACUUCUGGGACAAUCUUCAUGACAAAUGACCUAGACAGACAGAUACUGUUAUGGUUUUGUCGUCUUUGCAGAAGCAAAGGGUUCCCCAACUCUCAUAUUCUGUAUUAUUUGGUGUAUCAUUCAUGAGAGCAUAGGAGUAGAAACUAGCUGGCUUCUAGGUGUUGGGCUUCCAGGCCAAGUUUUUUCCUAUCUGUAUUAGUUUUCUGGCUUUAUAAGAAAUUGCUUCCAAAUUUAAUAAUAUAGCAAAUGUUAUCAGUUCUAUAGAGUAGGGGUUUGGGUGUAGCUUAGCAUAGUGGCUCUAGCACAGGUCUUAUAGAGUUGCAGGCAAGAUCUGCACAGGGCUUGCUGUCACUCUGGAGCUAGGCAAACACUACCUACUGAGCUGCAUCCUCAACCUGAGAAUCCACUUUCAAAUUCCAUCUUUGUAACUGUUGGGCAGGCUGCCUCAGUUUUCUCCCCGCGUGGAUCUCUGCAGAGCAGCACAAGUAUCUUCAUACCAUGAUGCCUGGCUUCUCCCUGACAUUAGAGGGAGGCAGGGAAAGAGAAAAUUGUGGUACCCUUAAACCACACUCCCAACAGAAGAUGAAACCAGUGCUGAGGAUAUGGCUCAGUUGGUAGUGUGCUUGCCUUGCAUGCACAAGGCCCUGAGUUCGAUCCCCAGCACCACAAAAAAACAAAAACAGGUCAACAGGGAGGUAGGUUUAAUUUAAGUGAACUAUAUUGCUACCAAAAACAAUUCUCUAAAGUAUGUAUCACCAAGCUAGGGUAAGACAAACCUUCUAUUCCCCAAAGCUACCUGAUGGCUUUGAGAGAGGUAGCAAGAAAUGGCAGUUCCCAGGAGAACUGUAAUAUAUGUACACCUGUCUGACUACUAGCUGCUCAAGGAUGCUUAUGUGCAAAGCUUAGAUUUGGUCUCUAAGACUCAUUAACCGCUUUACUUUCUUUUAGCCAGUAAUCGAUGGAAGGAAUUGGGGCCUGUCACUAAAGCUGUCUUAAUUUAAAUGGGGAUUGUCAAGCAAAGGGAGUAAAUCUGAAUUAGAUGUUAGGGUAUAGAACCGAAGACAGGAAAGAUUCAAGAUGAAACAGAUGAUAGUGUCAGGAAGCCAGGUCCCUACAUGAGUCAGUGUAUGAUACUUGUUAUCUUCAGCUACACCAGCUUGCAGGCUUGAGUUAGUUCUCUCACCCAAGAAGCACCUUCACUUUACCAGGGAACACCUGAGAAUGACAGCCAUCUUUCUGUGCUUGAUUGCCCUGUUAAGCCUAAGUGUAGGUAGCUGUGUGUGCUCAUUUUGUCCUGGGCUUCUUGAUGUCAUUGUGUUCUUAAAAUGAAGCAGUUUUUCACCCUCAAGAGAAACCUAGAGGCCAUUUGUCAGUCAACACAUUCCUGGUGAAUGUCUACUUUGGGUUUCUGGCACUUGUUCCCAGCCAAGUCUUUAGCAAUUUCAGACAUCUUAAAAGAUGCAAAUUCUUGUUUGGAUUUACACUGAGCUCCUGAGCAUUUCCUUUUCUGUAGCUGUGCUUGCUUUAGCCUUUACUUGAAUAAGAAGCCUUGUUGCUGAGGCAGCCAUAAGCAAAGUACAGGGCUCAUCUCUGAAGCACCUUCCAUUGAUUUUGGUUUUCCUGCUGAUUUGGAAUGGAAUAAAAGUAAGUGGUCUUUUAUUUAUUUAUUGGCUCUUUUGGAACUCUCAGGCUUUAUCCCACAUUCCAUCAGAAUUCAGCUAGGAUUGUGGGGUUUUCCCCCUAGUCCUUCCUGAAGCCAGAGAAAAGAGAGUCCCUGCUUUGAUCCAAGGUAACCGAUGUAAAGGGCUCACAUUGGUAGCAAUGUCCCAGAGAUGGGAUCUCUUUCUCUGCUAUUCAUUGUGGAUGCCAGCUUCUGGAAGCUGGGACAUGGCCCUUUGCAUUCUCCUCAAAAGAAGGCCUCACUCUCUGGUUCAAGACUGUCCCUCCUUGGCAUGUUUUUUGGACUAUAGGUAUGUAGAAGCAAUUUAAUAAUCUGCGAAGCCCAAUCACUUCCCAAUCAUUUAGCAUUUGUUAUAAAGAACAUUGUUUCUCUGGGAGCAAUUCCUGUCGGAACUUUGAAGGGGGAGUAGUUACCUCAUUGUUCCUUUCCUCUCAGAUUUUAAUUAGAGAUGAAAUUGGGGUUUGGUUUUGUUUUGUCACUGUACUGGGAAUUGAAUCCAGGGCUGUCCAACAUACUAGGCAAGUGCUCUGCCACUGAGCUACCUUCCUAGCUCUUGAUAUCAGGUCUUGAGGCAGGUGGGUCACAAUUCAGAGUACUUAUACUUUAGGGACAUCCUGUGUUCUGGUUACUGUUUCCUGUUUUAGUAGUGGAGUUUCCUUGAGGCUAACUCACAGAAAUUUCUAACUGAAGACUUUAAGGGUGAUUGCUAUGUACUCGUUUUUCCAGUUAAUCAUUCAUAACACCUUUCCCACCUUCUGGAAUUUACACUAAUUUCUUUAGGCUAGUCCUGGAAGUUGAUACCUUUUGACAAAGCUUAGAUUGAGCAGAAAGUUGUUUGAGUUCAAAUGGUCUUUGGUUUCUCUCUGCUUGUUCACCUUUGCCCGUGGCCCUGGCAGACCAUGCUGAGCUGAAACCUUUGCCAGGGAAUUUAAACUCUUCCUCUGCCACCUUUCCAAGGUGGGAGGCUGGCAGAGAGAUUCUACAGUGCUUGAUAAUCACUUGACCAUGCUGAAAUUUCCAAAGGGAGCUCUUUCCGGUGCUUAAAACCAAAUUCCAGGACAUUAAACUUAAAGGGAAUUCCACGAAUCCAGCACAGCAUGUUCAUUCUUGUUGCUGUGUUCCUCUUCAGCUGAGUCUUAAGAAAAACAAAAGGCCCAGGCCAAGAGCAGUUCUUACUGGGAAUCAGGGGAGUGGGGGAGGAACACUAGUUUGAGCUAAGGGGCCAGUUGGGCCAACCAUCCUACUCCUUCCUGGUGUCUGAUCCAAAUCACCAAGUCCCUUGCACCAGUGCCUUGCCUUUACCUGCAGACGAGCCCGUCUUUUUCCACCAGGGUGAGGAGACCUCCACAACCCCAGGGUAAACCUUAAAGAAAGUGUUUAGAAGAGCCCCGAGGAUGCUCAUGUAUUCUAGUGACCAUUUUAAGCAUCUUUUUAAAAUAUUUUGUAUAAAAAGCUUCCCUGUCUAGUACCACCAGUUCCAACCACAUCAAAUGGAAAAGCAGAGACUGCCAGCACUUUUCUUGGUCUUCCUGUCCUCUCCCUUGAUGUGUUUGUUGUCCCCUCACCCCUCCCAUCCAUUCACUGUCGGGAUGGUUAACGGAGGGCACCAUGCAGUUCUGAGGCAGUCCUGUGUGAUUCCAUGACCAGUUUUUGUUUUUAAUGUUCUUCCAAACCAGCAGGUGUUUGGAAAUUAGCGGGGGGGAAAUCAAUUCUCACCAAUGGUUGCUGUUACAGUUAAAUCAAUAAAGAUCUUGAGUAUCAA